CUUAUCUUAUUUUUUUAAUAAAAAAAGUUAGAAUAAGAAGGUGAAGCACUCCGAUGAAUGAUCUUCUUUCACGCAUACUGAUAGAUACAAUCGAAUAUAAGAUGUUCUGAUGUGCGUAUUAUGAUUUCUUUCACUUUGAUCCAGUCGUGAGUUCAUCAAGCUGUAGUACAAGCGAAGGCACAUAAUUGGCUGUAGCUCGCAUGUUUGAUUCAAGAAAACAGUCUCGUAUUUAUCAAAUUGGCCAAACCCUAAUCCUGUUACGAUGAGAUUAAUUUGAUUUGGUGAACCGUUUGAGAAAAUAAUGACUGGGAACGAGUUUCGAUUCUUCUUGUCUUGCGAUAUCAAUCUUCCGGUUACUUUCAGAAUCGAAAAGUUAGAAGGGCACUUACCUUCGACUAAUUCCACUAAUCCAGCUGAUAUAGGUAACAUCGUUGAAGACAAAAAACCAGAGCUAUAUGUUGAAUGUGCAUUGUACAUUGAUGGUGCUCCAUUUGGGCUUCCCAUGAGAACAAGACUAGAGUCUUCUGGUCCACCUUUCUGCUGGGGUGAACUCAUUACAUUGAGUACCAAAUAUCGAGACUUAACUACAAACUCUCAACUUGCAAUAACUGUUUGGGAUGUUUCAUGUGGGAAAAAUGAGGGACUAAUUGGUGGAGCUACCAUUCAUCUCUUUAAUAUGAAAAAACAACUCAAAACAGGGAAACACAAACUUAGGCUUUGGCAAGGAAAGGAAGCAGAUGGAUCUAUUCACUCUACAACUCCUGGAAAGGUUCCUAAAGAUGAACGUGGGGAGUUGGAGCGUUUGGAGAAGCUUGUGAAUAAGUAUGAAAGGGGUCAAAUCCAGCGAGUUGACUGGUUGGAUCGACUUGCUUUUAAAUCCAUGGAUAAGAUUAAGGAUCUUGAAAGCAGUAAAAAUGGAAGUUCUCAUUUGUUUGUGCUCAUUGAUUUCUGUAGUUUUGAACAUCGUGUUGUUCUUCAGGAGUCUGGGCCAAAUUUGUUAAUACCUGCAUCUAUAGCUUCAACUAAUGAACUAGUUACUGUGUGGGACCCGGAACUUGGAAAAAUCAACCCCUCUGAACACAAGCAGUUAAAGCUUGCAAGGAGUUUGAAUCGUGGUAUCAUUGAUAGAGAUCUUAAGCCCAGUUCUACUGAAAGAAAGUCAAUACAGAGGAUACUUAAGUACCCACCAACACGAACAUUGAGUGGUGAUGAAAGACAGUUGUUAUGGAAAUUCCGGUUUUCAUUAAUGUCUGAAAAAAGAGCUUUAACAAAGUUUCUUCGAUGUGUUGAGUGGAGUGAUGUUCAGGAAGCAAAACAGGCGAUUGAAUUGAUGGGUAGAUGGGAAAUGAUUGAUGUAUGUGAUGCAUUAGAGCUCCUGUCUCCUGUUUUCGAGAGUGAAGACGUUCGUGCACAUGCUGUUCGUGUUCUUGAAAGAGCCGAUGAUGAAGAACUACAAUGUUACUUACUUCAAUUGGUUCAAGCUCUUCGAUUUGAACGCUCAGAUAAAUCCCGUCUUUCUCAAUUCCUCGUGCAACGAUCAUUGUCCAACAUUGAGCUUGCUAGCUUCCUUAGAUGGUAUGUGGCUGUUGAACUUCAUGAUCCUGCGUAUGCAAAACGUUUUUACUCUUCAUAUGAGAUGCUGGAGGAGAAUAUGAUCAAGUUGGGAAUGGGGGCGGGUGAUGGUGGAGAUGGGUUUAAGUUGUGGCAGAGUUUGGUUCGGCAGACUGAACUGACAGCUCAGCUGUGUUCUAUAAUGAGAGAUGUAAGGAAUGUAAGGGGAGGAACUCAGAAGAAGAUUGAAAAACUCCGGCAUCUGCUUUCCGGCCUUCUUUCCGAACUUACGUAUUUCGAGGAGCCUAUACGAUCACCUUUGGCACCGAUUGUUCUUAUCACGGGGAUUAUUCCAUCAGACUCGUCAAUAUUCAAAAGCGCUUUGCAUCCUUUACGCCUUGCAUUUAGAACAGCCAACGGUGGAUGUUUAAAGAUCAUUUUCAAGAAAGGGGAUGAUCUUCGUCAAGAUCAAUUGGUUGUUCAGAUGGUAUCGCUCAUGGAUCGACUACUUAAACUGGAAAAUCUUGAUCUGCAUUUAACGCCAUACAGAGUGUUAGCCACCGGACAUGAUGAAGGCAUGAUGGAAUUCAUACCUUCUAAAUCUCUAGCUCAGAUUCUAUCAGAACACCGAAGUAUAACAAGCUACUUACAGAAGUUUCAUCCAGAUGAAGAGGGACCCUUUGGGAUAACCGCCACGUGUCUCGAAACAUUCAUCAAAAGCUGUGCUGGCUACUCAGUCAUCACCUACAUACUCGGCAUUGGAGACAGGCAUCUUGACAAUCUUCUACUUCGGGACGAUGGGCGGCUUUUUCAUGUUGAUUUUGGUUUUAUUUUGGGUCGUGAUCCAAAACCCUUCCCACCACCUAUGAAGCUCUGUAAAGAAAUGGUGGAGGCUAUGGGAGGGGCAGAAAGCCAAUAUUAUACGCGAUUUAAAUCGUAUUGCUGUGAGGCGUAUAAUAUCCUGCGGAAAUCAAGUAAUUUGAUAUUGAACCUUUUUCAUUUAAUGGCGGGGUCUAAUAUUCCGGAUAUAGCUUCUGAUCCUGAAAAGGGCAUUUUAAAGCUUCAAGAGAAAUUUCGGUUGGAUUUGGAUGAUGAAGAGUGUAUCCAUUUCUUUCAAGAUCUUAUAAACGAAAGUGUCAGUGCUUUGUUCCCGCAGAUGGUUGAAACUAUUCAUCGUUGGGCACAAUACUGGAGAUGAUAAUUUUUACUGCUGCUUCACCUUAUUUCCCCAUAUAUUAUAAAAGAACUCGUGUAAAUAAUAAUACACAUAUUUACAUAUAUAUUAUUGGUUUAAUUAUUUUGUAAAAAGGUUGGCAUGUUUUAUGUUGUAUACUCGUAAAGUUUUUACUUUUUUAGUUUAUAUGUAUUGCCACCUGCCAAAUAAAUUAUCAUCCAUCUAGUCACUGAAAUUGAUCUUGG